AGCACCCCCGGCUGAGUCAGUCCGAUCUCUGUAACCCAGGCGUCUGUGCGCGGGGGACUCUUGUCUUCUUCCCAACCUCCGUCCAAAUUUAACUAUUAGUGUGAGAAACACGUAAAGCACCUUCAUUUACACCAGGAGAACCUGAAGAACCGGGGCCGCAAUGAGAAGACUAGUACUAGGACUGCUGGCGUUCUUCUUGGGCGUUAGUUUGGUGGCCGCAGAUAUUGAUAUGGAGGUGAAAAUCGUCGAGAAACUGCAGCACUUCUCCGAGUAUCGCUUCCCGGGUAACAAUCAUGAAGAUAAUUGGGUUGAAGCUCGAAACUACAUCGAAAAAGAGUUUGGUUACUAUGGGCUCAGAGUACAGAAGCAGACCUUCAAUUCGACAGUCUGGACACUUGAGGGCGACCAGACUGUUGAGGGCGUCAACAUCAUCGGAGUGGCUUCGGCCACCAGCAACAAGCCAGGCGCCGUAGUGGUCGUAGGAGCCAACUACGACACGAACACGCGCGAGAGCCCAGGACCCCUCUUCAACAACGGCGCCGGAAUUGCAGCCCUCCUUGAGACGGCGAGGCUCUUCAUGCACAACGUCAAAUGGUCAGGCUCCUUCAGGCAAAACUUUACCACAAUCUUCGUCGCCUUCGAUCUCAACACGAAGGAGCAUGAUAACGGACCUGGAAAGUCCGGAGGCUGGUACUUCGUCAACGAAUGGCUGUGGGACUACCUCAACAAAUCCGACACCAACUUUGGAGGAGCCUUCGUCGUCGACUCCAUCAUGAAUGUCAACCAGGAACCUAAUUCUCAGGACACUUCCGAGAACUUCCGCAGGAUGUUCCCGGACACUUUCAACAGCAUGGCUAAGGACAGCAACAAAGGUAACUUCAUCGGCGUCGUCACACAGCCUGACGAGAAAUCCGAGAAACUGAGGGAUCAGUUUGUGGGCAACUAUCGGAAGGAUCGCAAGAAGAGGCCAUUCCGUCUGGAGGACAUGACGCUGCCCACAGUACUCCAACAGAACCAUAUCCUCUCCGAACUGACCACCCAGGAAUCCGUUGAAUUCUGGUCCUUCCAAGUCAACGGAACAGCCACGCCCCUUCCAGCUAUUCUUAUCAGUGACACUGAGAAACUUCGAACCAUGCCUGAGAGUCCUUGCGGCAGCCGAGUCUGCCCUCCCAAAGCCUGGUUGACGGAAGAACGGGAGGAGUUCAUGGAAGCCACCGUGAAAGGGCUCACGAGCACCCUUCUGCGCCGCCAGGCCACGCACCUUCCGGACUCACCUGGCAACAGUAGCGAGGCUACAUCACUUCCAUCGCUUUUUACCACCGUCGUCUUUCUGCUGAUAGGGCGAUUCUACCAUUAAAUCACAAACUUGUUAUGCAAACUAAUGCCCAACACCAACAAGCUCUUCGCCGCCUUGUCUCGGUUUCAUUGAUAUUCCACCGACAAAACUAGAGGUUUGUACGGAACUGCGCAAUGUCAAGUCUUCAGUCAUACAGUACAAAGACUCCUAAAUCCUUAUGAAAGAUGAAUUGAUACUGUAAAUCAGAACACCUUAAAAUAUAAGCAAGACUUAAAACAUAACUAAUUACUUCAUGUUUGGUAUAUUUGUUGUAGUGAUUGUAAACCAUAGUGCAGAUUAUGAUUGACAAAUGUAGGUAUGAAAGGCCACUGAAACCUUAUUACUUUGAUAACAUAAAGAGGUAAUGAUAUUACUUUAUUAACUUAGGCAAUAAGUUAUUUGUUUUACUUUUUCUCAUUAUUCUCUUAGUAUAGAAUAAUAAAUGAAAAUAUUCUCACUUGUCCAAAACAACAAUGCAUUAGAUAACCAUCAACCUUUGGAUUACAAUUGAAUAAAAAUCCUUAAAAUUUACUUUGGAAUAUUUUCUAUGUUGUAUACAUUAAACAUACAUUUGAGUA